AUAAGGGAAACUUCAAUUAUGCAGAGAGGCACACUCUGAGUCCUGUUAUCUCCACAGUAGCAUCCCAUAUUUUUAGGGUCUUCUAGGGGGUGGGAGGUGUUUGUCAAAAUCCUGGAGCCAGAAGAAAGAACAGCAGCGUUGAUCAAUUUGACUGCUAACAUGUUGUACCUGGAAAACAAUGCCCAGUCCCAGUAUAGCGAGCCACAGUACACGAACCUGGGGCUCCUGAACAGCAUGGACCAGCAGAUCCAGAAUGGCUCUUCCUCCACCAGCCCGUACAACACGGAGCACGCGCAGAACAGUGUCACGGCCCCCUCACCCUACGCCCAGCCCAGCUCGACUUUUGACGCCCUCUCUCCCUCCCCAGCCAUCCCUUCCAACACAGACUACCCAGGACCUCACAGCUUCGAUGUAUCAUUUCAACAGUCCAGCACAGCAAAGUCAGCAACAUGGACGUAUUCCACCGAACUGAAAAAGCUGUACUGCCAGAUCGCCAAGACGUGUCCCAUCCAGAUCAAAGUGAUGACCCCACCGCCUCAGGGAGCUGUCAUCAGGGCUAUGCCGGUCUACAAGAAAGCUGAACACGUCACUGAAGUGGUCAAACGCUGCCCAAACCACGAGCUGAGCCGGGAGUUCAACGAGGGGCAGAUUGCACCUCCCAGCCACCUGAUCAGAGUGGAAGGGAACAGCCAUGCCCAGUAUGUAGAAGACCCCAUCACUGGGAGGCAGAGUGUGCUGGUCCCCUAUGAGCCGCCCCAGGUCGGUACUGAGUUCACCACAGUCUUGUACAACUUCAUGUGCAACAGCAGCUGCGUUGGAGGGAUGAACCGACGCCCAAUCCUUAUCAUUGUGACCCUGGAAACCAGAGAUGGGCAGGUCUUGGGCCGCCGGUGUUUCGAAGCCCGUAUCUGUGCUUGCCCAGGCCGAGACCGCAAGGCAGACGAGGACAGCAUCCGCAAGCAGCAAGUGUCUGACAGCACAAAGAAUGGUGAUGGUACGAAGCGCCCUUUUCGACAAGGAACUCAUGGCAUACAGAUGACAUCUAUCAAAAAAAGACGUUCCCCAGAUGAUGAGCUUUUGUACUUGCCAGUGAGGGGACGGGAGACAUACGAAAUGCUGCUGAAGAUCAAAGAGUCCCUGGAGCUGAUGCAGUUCCUUCCCCAGCACACGAUUGAGACCUACAGGCAGCAGCAGCAGCAGCAGCACCAGCACUUGCUCCAGAAGCAUCUCCUUUCGGCCUGCUUCAGGAGUGAACUCAUGGACUCAAGGAGAGACCCUCCCAAACAGACCGAUGCCAUCCUAAAACAUUCCAGCCCCCCAAACCCAUCUGUAUAUCCAUAAACCAAGCUGGCAGGGUCAGUUUGCCCAGCUGGCAGGACUAGGAACAGUGGGGCAAAUACACAGCCUGAUAGCAGCAGAGUGAAUAGUGAGAGUAAACUUCUGAAGGGACUCAAACCUUGCAAAAACAGCAGACACUUGUACAGACCUCUUAGCCAUAGCCUUGCAAGGCCGGGAACCACGAUGUCGUCUGUCUUGGUGUAACUUUUCUCCCCUUGGUGUAACAUUUUUGUAACGUGUUAAUACUCUUCCUUCUUACUUCUGUAUUUGUGAAACUCUGCAGGGUUUCUCUGAGCAGGUCUCAAUUUUAAAAUGCCUUUUGUCUUGUUUAAGUUAAAAAAUGUGUCCAUGGAUUGGGGAGAUGGAAGCAGAGGAUAUGUGUUUAAAUGGUCUGUGAUAGUCAAUUUGGCCUGUUUCAGUGCUGGUCAUGCACUAGUAUAAGUAGCUGAUGUAUUUUGUACUGCUGGACAGGGUGAGGUAAUUAUUAUAUGAAUUGGCACUGCUAAGAAAUCUCUUUUUUUUUCUGCAGCAAAGCCCUCGACUUUGGCAUCAUGAGCUGUUUCCACUUAUUUCCAACCUAAAGGGUCUGAUGUAAAAGUACAUCAGAAUUGUAAGGAAGGCCAUGUGACUUUGACUUUGCAGCAGCUCUGCUGACUUUGAUCCAGAUUUAUUGAACUUUGGAGUUCCUCCUGACUCUGUGGGCUCUAUCCAAGUGGUGGGCUGAACUGCACAAGUUAAAUGUGUGGUAGAGUUGUACUGAUAUCCAUGUGUGCCCAGCAUCCCUUUGCAGCCCAGGGUGUAAAGGGUAGAGUGUCCAAAACUCCCUAGUGCCCCAGCUGUGAAAAGGGGUUGGAGCUAGCUCCUCUCCUUACUGAUGUUCAGAAGUUUAGAUGUUGCCUUAACAUUUUCAUCAACCCUCGUAUCUUUUGCCCCAUCUCACCAAGCCUCAUAGUUCAAAGGAAAGCUGUGUCAUCACAUGUUGCACUUGACUCAGCCAAGUGGCCUCAGGCCAUGUCCACUGUGCCCAUUAUUCCUGCGACCAGAGGGUCUUGCUAAUUGUGUCUGAAGUGCUUCUGGGUUUAGCAGUUCCUGCACAAAAGACUUUUUCUCAGCAAGGACUUGUAAAUUCUCACACUGCUUUUAUCAAACUAUCUCUGGAAAAAAAGCCUGAUACAAUUGGAGAAGAUUCUUAUCUCUGACCAUCACAUGUGCUUCCAGGCAGCAGAGCAGGGAUCCGAGCAGGUGAUGACUCGUACCAACCUCUCCUUUGGGAGCCAUCUAAUGGCUAUCUCUAAUGUCUUAGCAAGACUUGCUCUUCCAUAGCAGUGUGGAAGAGGGCUGAUGGAAAAGAGCCCCCAAAACUGGGGUUAAGUCUAUAAAUAACAACUAAUUAAGGACUAGCAGUGCCUAUUUCAUAUAGUUGCAGCUCUACUAUUGCUCCUUGUGUAAAGCUAAUUAAAAUCAAGCGCGUUGUUACCUUGCCUGGAAAUUCCAGGAAGUUCUUUGAGAUCACAAAGCAGGUCACCAUUGUUCUCUGCCUUUUUAUUUGGGAAAAGAAAGGCACUGUGAUUCCUUUCCCUGUGAGAGGUGGGAACCUGAACUGUAAAUGCAGCCCAGACAUAGGAUUAUGUUUGGCACUGUUUUCUGUUCUUCCAGUGAGGGUUUAUUCCUGGAUUUUUGCAUUUUCUGCUUCUGGAUGGCAAUAUGGAAGUACUGUGACAGGGAAAUACUGAUCUGUAUUUAGAGCACAGCUCCUGGACGUGUUCACCAGCAAGUUUGAGGAGGCAUCCACAGCCUGCACUGGAAGAUUCCAGUUCAUCAUUUGAUGUGGCCUCUAGGAAAUGCUUUGUACUGUAAUGAGCAUUACAACAUCCCAGACUUCCACUGAACAAGAAUGUAAAUUAUUUGGAUCCUAUUGUUUUCUGGAAAGCCUUUCUGAUUUGUCCCACUUGGCUGUAAAUAGAUGAUGAUUGUGAUGUUGAUCUUAGUGGUGACUUGAUUUGCUUUCCAACUACCAGGUGGUUGUAUUAGGAGGUGCUAUUCUUUUUUUUCUUUUAUCAAAUACCUGGAGCUGAAAGCAAUUUGAGUUGCUCUGUAGUCUGUCCUCUGCAGAUAAAAUGAAAACUUUAUCCCAGCUGUCUUUUCAUUGCUUCUUUGCCAUCUCUGUGUCUUCAGGAAAAUGAGCCUUUUCCUUUCAAGGAAUAACCAAGAGGACUAAUUGGGCCUUAUCAGGUACUCAAGGUUAUAUCAGUCUGUGUCAACUACUUGAUAUAUAUCCACUCCCUGUAUUACAGCCAUUCCCUGGAGAGCAGAUUGCAUCCAUGGCCUGCCUUGAGAAAUUCCCACACCUGAAAUCUAAGGGGAGUCAUUACUGCCACUCUGGCCCUGUGCUGUGGUUCCUGUCUGCCCAGUAACUGCUGGAGCUCCUCCUUUCCCUGCUCCCAGUGAGGUACCAAGCCUUCAAACCACUGGAGUGAUUGAAAAGAUGCACUGUUAUUUUCUUUGGAAUAGAAACAUUUUGGAAUGGGGGGAGUAAGGGCAUCUCUCUGCUUCUCAGUGUCCUGCUGCUUCAUGGGCCUUUGAAACAGAUGAAUGGAACUGAGAAGCAUCUGUGUCGCUUGUGUGCCCUUAUUAGACUACAUCAGUGACACCCCAGUGUUACACAGCCCUGUGGGAAGCCUUGCUUUAAAAACCAUUGUCCAUGAGCACUGUGGCCUUGUGUGAACCUGGGAUGUGAUCCUUGGUGUGGCUGCUGAAAGAGAGGGCAGACACAGAACUGGACAGCUCUGAUUCUGCUUGUGUGUCUCUGCACUGACUGGCUCUGGGUCUGCAGGAACAGCAAACUGCAGGCACAGGGGCUUGGGUGAAAUAGUAAACUCUGAGCCUGAUCUGCCCAAUUGCAUUUAAUGAAGCUUUGAUGUCAUGUAAGGCUGUUCAGACUCUGGUCUGCUCAGUAGUUGGUGUGUGCCAGCAGUUUGCUGCCUCUGCUGAAGGGCUGGUAUCCAGUGAGCUGGGAAAAUGUAGAGUUAUACGAGGCUGUGAACUGAACUUUGUUAAUAUAUGGGACAAGAAAGUUCCUUCCUGACCUCUUGAGAUGAUCAGUAUAUGCCUUGAAGCAUGAGAGACUGAUUGCCCUCAUAUGAGCUUGCAUAACUACAGAUGUUAUUUGCUAAAUAAUUACAUAGCCUCUUGAAGAGAGAAAACUCAGUUGCAGAAUGUGACUCAGUGCCUUUUGUAUCAGACUGUUCCAAGAAGUAUAAUAGUCUCUUAAUUGAAGCCCUUAUACCUUGAUAUUAAAAUGCAUUUCAUUGGCAUUGAUAUCAAAGAAAUGUUAAUGCUCUGACUUCUAAUCUUUCUUGAGACCUAGUAAGUAAAAUUUUAAUGAAAAUCACUGUGCAUGACAUUCUUAUAUCUGUUUUUAAAAAUGCAGGAAAAAAAGCAAUAUAUUUUAAAUGGGUCCUCAAACACCGUGUAGUCCUUGUGCUUAAUACCAAAAACAUUUUCUUGUGUUUCUAAGGCUCUUGCUAUAUUGAUGUGUGACAUGAAUUUUCAAUAAAAUUCUGCGUCUUGGUUUAUCUUGCAAUUUCUCUUUGGGUAGAUGGCCUUGUAAACAUCUGCUCAUGUGAUGGAAUAGCUUAGUUGAAACUAGUGUGGGUACAAAGAAAAGUGCUUUUGUUUUCUGUUUUACUCCCUUGAACUUGAUGAUGUUAAUCUUGACUCUAUGAGUAUGAAUGAGAUAAGCAUGGAGUCCCUAAGCUAUAUGUUAAAGUAUGCCUUUGUUUUCUAAAGUGUUUUCUAAAGUUUUGGGCUGGCUUGUGUUUGAUUGCUUUUGGUUUUUCUUUUACCUUCAAGUGUUUUGUAGUCUCCUAAUUAGCUCUGCUGAGAUCACUGGUGGUGGUGGAGAGGGCAAACAUAGGCCUACUGCUGACCUCAAACAGUACAACUCAGGGUCCUUUGGGAAGCCUUUGUUGAUUUAAUUUGGAAUUUUGCUGUGUUCGUUGACCUCCUCACUUGUAGAUCAUGCAGAUUUUGCCUUAAGAGACUCUUCAGGUGUGUGUUAAUUUCAGCUGAAGCUUAAGAUAAGUGCCUGAACCCAUGAAGUAGAAAUACUCAUUGGUCCUAAUUCCAGAAGACUUUUAGGCUAAGGGCGGUGUCAACUUGACUUGAAUUUCAUGGCUGGCCUCAACUUUCAUAAUUGGGGAAUCGAAAUGUCAGAUCUGAAUCUUUCCCUUCACUCUGAAAAGUCAGGUCUGAACUUCAUGGCUCAGUUUCACUUCCCCUUGGGAGCUGCUGCCAUUGUUAAUAUUAAUUUGUGAAGCUUCUUGUGCUUUCCACUUCCUUGAGUCUGUGAAGUUUGCUGGAUCUUGUCCUGCAUCUUCACUGCCAAAGGACAGUUCACACCCUUCUGUACCUCCUGUAAUUGUGUAAUUAGGUAACAUUUCUUCAGGGCCUUAGAUACUCUAGCCUGUUAGGAUAGAUGUUUUCUCCACCCAACACUGCAAGUCUUGAAAGUGCAGGAAGCUGGAGACUAUGUAAUUGUGUGGAACUUGACCUUGAAUGCUGAAGGUUUUAAUAAAUUGUCUAGGAAUAAGCCUUUUCUUUCCUUUUACACUUUGCUUAUUUGGAGUAAUAAUUAUUUUAUUUGCAUAGAAGAAAAGCCAGUUCCCAGAAAUUGGUGUAACCAGUUAUACCUAGAUGGGAACAAGUUUCCUAAUGGGAAAUGAGAUGGGAAUGUGCCUUUGGACGCUCACCAUGGGGUCAGUGUGAUAGGAGUGGUGGGCUCUGUGGCGAGCUGGGUGGCUUCUGCUCUGCAGGGUGACCACAGCUUCAGGAAAUGUGCCUGGGGAGCAGGCACAUUUCCCAAACCUUUGCCCAGUCCUACAAAUGCCCCAGGUGUCAGAGAGAGAAAAACCUGCUCCCUUGUGGCAUGGCAGUGCUAUGCCAAUGGUGCUGUUGGAGCAGCUUUAAUGAUAAUUUUCUGCAUGUCCCACAUAGGACCCCACUCCAGAUGGGAUGCCACAGCUGUAACUUGAGCUGGGAGCUGGGCUGCCGUUCAGAAGCAGCCCAGUCUUGGCAGUCUGGGUCACUUACAUGGCAGGACUGCAGCUGGGACCCUCAGGCUGGGCAGCAGAGAGUCUGGCAAGCCUCUCUGGCCCAUUCCAUCAGUCUGCUGGGUGGACUUGAGGGAGGCUAGUGCUGUUGUCAGGUGGUAGAAGGAACUCAAUCCUCUUUGCAAGCAGCCUGCAGGGUUUGGAUACCAGGUUUGCAUUAACACCAGCAAAAGCUGUCUGUUGGCAUCCCAGGCAGCUCUGACCAUCUCAGUAGUGGUCCCUGAAGUGCAUGGAAUCUGCCUUCAGCAAGGAGCCUCUGGCUGUUAUAACUAGGAAUCUUGGGAAAAACAAGGUGAUAAGCAUAACCCAAUCUGAAAACUGUUUCUGCAGUCAGGUUUCUGAGGCAUUUAGGAUGGUUUGAGAUGGUUUCCUCAGUUCUUGUUCCUAUGAAAAAGUUUUUUACUACAAGGAGAGUUUAACUUAAAAACACUCUUCAAAUCUUGGCUCACGUUUGCUGGCAUUCCAUAUAUUCUUUUCAACUGAAAAACUUGCAUAGACACUUCUCCUUAAAUAAAAGGUUUCAACCAAAAAUUAAGCUGUCCUUUUUUUUGGUAUUUCACUUUUUUAAAGUGCUGAGAAUAUCUGGGAAACCUCUUAUUUCCUGUUGACUUAUUCUCCAAGGAUCUUUGUGAUGAUGAUAUGGUAUCAGUGAUUUCCCUGGCCAUGUAGCCAGGCGCACACUCUCAACAACCAGCUGCUGUGAUCCCUGUCCUAACAUCUGCUUGGUUUGCAGGACCUCCAUGCAGUCGCAGUCCUCCUAUGGCUCCAACUCUCCACCUCUCAGCAAAAUGAACAGCAUGAACAAGCUGCCCU